AUGACACUCCGGAAUGGAGAUGCUCCGAUUGCUGUUGUUGCUGGAGCCAACAUCAUCCUCACACCCGAACCAUACAUUGGGGAAAGCAAACUGAAAAUGCUUUCACACGACAGCCGAUCACGUAUGUGGGAUGAAGAUGCUAAAGGGUAUGCACGUGGUGACGGCGUGGCAGCCUUGAUAUUGAAGCCUCUAUCUGCGGCCAUAGCUGAUGGUGACCGUAUCGAGAGCGUAAUCCGUGAAUGCCUUGUCAACCAAGACGGUCGUACAUCUGAGGGCAUUACCGUGCCCAGCUCAGAAGCGCAAGCGGAGUUGAUUCAAAGGACUUAUGCAAAAGCGGGGUUGGAUGCUACUAAUCCAAAACAUCGCUGCCAGUAUUUCGAAGCUCAUGGUACAGGUACUGGAGCCGGCGACCCCAGAGAGGCUAGAGCUAUUGCAACAGCUUUCUUUGGUUCCAGUCAUCGUAGCAAAGACCCUACAGACAAACUGUUUGUCGGCUCAAUCAAAACCAUUAUCGGACAUACAGAAGGCACGGCGGGCAUUGCUGGCAUCAUGAAAGCUUCGCUUGCUCUCCAACAUGGCGAAAUACCACCAAAUCUACUCUUCAACCAACUAAGCCCUGCAGUUGCCCCGUUCUAUGACAGCCUCGAGAUACCUACCACCGUCCAGAAAUGGCCCUAUCUGCCUUCAGGCGUUCCUCGGCGUGCAAGCAUAAACAGUUUUGGUUUUGGAGGAACUAAUGCUCACGUCAUAUUGGAGAGUUAUGAUCAAGAGGAGGCUGGGAACAAAAUCUCGAACGGCGACUCCAAUCUUCGUGAUGUUUGGCUAUCGCCAUUCAUACUGUCCGCCUCCUCGGAAAAGUCAAUGAGGGCUUUGAUCCAGCGAUACAUCUCAUAUCUUGAGGAGAAACCUAACACGAACAUUCGAGAUCUAUUAUUCACAUUGAAUCGCCGAUCAGUAUUGCCAUACCGGGUUUCUUUCCCUGCGCAAUCCGUCAGUGAUCUGGUGGCCAAGCUGGUUGAGUGGCUCAAAAAAGCAAAGGCCAGCCCAAACGCACAGCUUAGUACCCGCUACUCUGGAGGAUCAGGUUCAAACAUCUUGGGUGUCUUCACUGGCCAAGGAGCCCAGUGGGCCAGCAUGGGGAAAGGUCUUCUUUCGGCUUUUCCCCAAAUCCGCGCUACUUUGGAUGAUUUGGACCGUUCCCUGGCAACUUUACCACACAAUGAUCGACCACAGUGGUCUAUUACAAGUGAACUUGAAGCCGACCGAAGCAUAUCACGCAUCGAUAGUGCUGCUUUCUCACAACCCUUGUGUACUGCUUUACAGAUUGUUUUAGUCGAUCUUCUGCGGUCAGCGGGUAUUCGGUUCAAAGCUGUUGUUGGGCAUUCCUCUGGAGAGAUAGCUGCUGCAUACGCUGCCGGCUUCAUCACAGCUAGCCAUGCAAUAAGAAUAGCUUACUACCGCGGAAAAGCUACUGAGUCCGCUGGUGCCAAUAGGUCGCAGAAAGGGGCAAUGAUGGCUAUCGGCACGAGUUUGGAAGAUGCGGAAGAGCUCUGCAAUGUCGAUACUCUAGAAGGGCGUAUUUGGAUCGCAGCGGUCAACUCACCAUCAAGUAUCACUCUCUCAGGAGAUGCUGACGCAAUAGAGGAAGCGCGCUUGAUCCUCGAAGACGAGGGAAAGUUUGCAAAAAUCCUCAAGGUUGACAAGGCUUAUCACUCAGAUCAUAUGCUACCCUGCGUGGAACCAUACCUGCAAGCUAUGAUUAACUGCGAUAUCAGACAUGGGCAGCAUGGCGAUGGCACUUGCACCUGGUAUUCUAGCGUGCAUGCUGACACCAAAAUAGAGCCAUUUAACCGUGAGCUUAGAGGAGAGUAUUGGUGUGACAAUAUGGCGCGCCCUGUCCUUUUUUCCAACGCUGUUCGAAAUGCGUGGGAGAAACAGGGCCCUUUCGACGCCGUUGUUGAAGUUGGAGCACACCCAGCCCUUAGAGGGCCCUUCUUGCAAAUAUUGCAAGAAUCGGAAACAAGUAUCCCCUCCGUUCUGUACAGCGGCUUGUUGUCACGAAACCGCGAUGAUAUUGAAUCUUUCGCCCAAGGAAUUGGAGCUUUGUGGCAGAGUCUCAGUUCAGGAUCUGUCGAUAUUGAUAGGCUUAACCGAAAGAUUGCACCUAAUCAGCCAUCUCCACGGCUCUUGAAAGACCUUCCAUCUUAUACCUGGGAUCACGAUCGAAUCUAUUGGCACGAAUCUCGGCUUUCCCGUGCUUAUCGCACUCGAAAAUCUCGACCUCAUCCUUUACUUGGAACACUCACCUCAGAUGGAGUUGAAAAAGAGAUAAGAUGGAGAAAUAUUCUGAGAUUAUCCGAAGUGCCCUGGGUCAAGGGCCAUACCUUACAAGGGCAGGUUGUCUUCCCGGCUGCUGGUUACAUUGUCACCGCAAUGGAGGCAGCACUGGCUCUCUCAGGUGAUCGACUUCCUCAAUUGCUUUCAGUCAACAGUGUCGUCAUUCAUCGAGCACUCACGAUUGAAGAAGGCAUUGAUGUUGAGACAUUGGUCUCUCUUUCCGAUAUUUGCAACGAGAAUAUUGAUGUUGCCAGCGCUGAGUUCCGAUAUUAUGCAUUACUGCGUCAGGAUGCUACGAAUCUCACUCUCCUUGCCUCGGCUUCUGUCGAAUUAAGUUUGAGUCCUUCUACAGAAUCGGAACUAGAAACCUCCGAAGCCUUGCUCUUUAGAACGGAGAGUGAUCAACCUAAUCUGCUUGCAGUUGAUACAAGCGAUUUCUACGACUUUUUGGACGAGGUUGGCUAUGGAUAUACGGGUCCUUUUCAAGCCCUUAACUCCAUGCAGCGCAAAUUAGAUUAUGGCACUGGGAAAAUCGAGAUUUACGAAGAAGAUUGGGAUAACACAAUGGUACUAAUGCAUCCUGCUUUCCUUGAUGCAUCAUUCCAAGCCAUUUUCUUGGCCAUGGGCUGGCCUAGGGAUGCUGGGUUGGUUGAGGUUUUUGUGCCGACAGAGUUUCAAAGCAUCAAAGUUGAUGUACCGAAGUGGAGAAUAGCAACGUCUCAAGCUACCACUCAAAUGAUGUUCGACUCCAGACUCCGCCAACUGCCAGAGUCUAUCACAGGAGAUGUCGACGUCUUCUCCACCAUAGACAAUGAUACAACUUUGAUACAGGUGGAAAAUAUCAAGGUAGUUCCCUUUUCUCCGGAAAGCACGGCGUCAAAUCGGCAAUUAUAUGCCAAGACUGUGUACUGGCCAGUCACCAUCGAUGGUCUUGAGGCAUCAGGGGGUCGACUUCCUACCGACCAAGAGCUUGAAAUGGCAUGGGACCUAGAACGUGUUGCAAUCUACUUCUUACGCACCAUCGAAGACGAGUUUCCGGGCUCAAACUCUCGCAGUGGCAUCGCACUCCAUCAUCAAUACUUCUUUGAUUUCAGCCACAGUAUUCUAUCUCGAGUUUCGGGGGGUACAAUGCCAUAUGCCAAAAAGGAGUGGUUAAAUGACACAUGGGAUGAUGUCGCAGAUAUCUUCCAGAGGUAUCCUGAAAGUCUUGAUCUUCAACUCAUGAAGAAAGUUGGCGUAAACAUGGCAGCUGCCAUUAGGGGGGAAGUCAACAUGGUAGAGGUUCUGUUCAAAGAUGACUUCAUGGACAGAUUCUACGCCGGAGCUCUCGGACUCGACCUUACAAUGGACUGGCUUGGACGUAUUGCCAUUCAAUUGUCCCGUCGGUAUCCUCAUAUGAAGAUCCUUGAGUUGGGUGCUGGCACAGGCGGCGCUACUAAAAGUGUCUUUUAG